AUGUGGUCCUUCAAAAUAUCCUUGUUCACAUUAUUUGCGCUCCUCCAAUAUUCCUCGGCAUUCUACAUCUAUUUUCCAGAAUAUAGGUGCGAGUUAUACAAAGACUGUCCAGAGACAUCCAAGAGAGAAAUUGAGAGUCGUGAGAGCAAUACGGUUCUUAAACUUGUCCAAAAGCUCCCAUCGGCCGAUAUACCCAGAGAUGUCCAAAUUCGUGACUUGGCAGAUCGUCUUAUCCGCAAGUACAAUCCUGAAAUGGGAAUUGAAGCUACCAGAGUCAAAGAGCGUGGAUCUACCCUUGUGAAGAAUGAUGAUGCAUCAUUAUCAAUCGAAUCUGCGGCAAUUCCUACACAGACAAAUAGUGCGGGUAUUAUGCAAACCGGAACCGAUUUCUCCUAUUUUGCUCAGGUGGAACUGGGAAGCGAGAAUGAUCCUUUAUUAAUGUUACUCGACACGGGAGCUGGCACAAGUUGGAUUAUGGGUCCUGAUUGUACUUCUACUGCGUGCAAAACCCGUGCGUCUUUCGGUGCUGCCGAUUCUUCGACCUACAAAGCAGUCGAUAUGGAUUUGGAUAUUGCGUAUGGAUCCGGUCAUGUUACUGGAACAUAUGCUACCGAUACAAUCAACUUUGCCGAUUUGAGUUUCCCCUUUACUCUGGGGAUUGCCAAUAGUACCAGUGAUCAGUUUAACUCGUUUCCCUUCUCCGGUAUCCUAGGAUUGUCUCAACAAACUGGUCCAGUCCCCAACUUCUUACAAACUGUUAUCAGCUCAAAGUCACUCAAAGCAAAUGUGUUUGGAAUGGACCUAAAUCGUGCCUCGGAUGGUAUCAAUACUGGAGAAAUCAACUUUGGUGCUCCGGAUACGUCACGCUAUAGCGGUAGUUUGAGUUACACAGGAGUCGCAAAAAAUGGUCCGAACCAUUGGGCAAUUCCUCUUGGUAACGUGGGAUAUGGCGACACCCAAGUUGGUAUUACCGGAAGAUUGGGCUACCUCGAUAGUGGAACAUCAUAUGUUUUCGGACAACCAACGGAUGUAAUCGCAUUUCAUGCACUUGUACCUGAUGCCAUCACCACAGACAAUAAUACAUGGACAGUCCCAUGCUCUACAACUACGCCCAUAUCAUUCACGUUUUCUGGAGUCACAUAUAAUGUUUCUUCUAAAGAUUGGGUUGGACCUUCAGUAAAUGGAGUCUGUACUAGCAAUGUCUAUGGAGUAGCUGUGGUUGAUAAAAAUUCUUGGUUGAUCGGAGAUACUUUCUUCAAGAAUAUCUACGCCGUAUUUGACGUUGAUCAAAAUCGUGUUGGGUUAGCGCAAAAGAAUGACGUUAUAUCCUCGACAACAUCAACCUCUUCUUCUGGUAGGCUUACCUCUACUAUUACUCCUCCUACCCUUACUACACAAACUUCCAUCGAGAGCACUAGAACUUCAAUCGUUGCCCCUACCAUCACCCUCUCCCCUGGAUCUGGCACUGGACUCACAAUAACCACUUCUGAACCCAUAUCUAACACAAACUUUCCAGUUUCUACUGGCCAAACAGGAAUAACAUUAAGUCCACUGCUCCCCGAAGCAUCAACUACGGCUAGCGCUCAGUCCUCUGAAGGAACAGUUGUAUCAGAUUCACCAUCUACAUCUGCUACUUCAACUCAUUCUUCGAGUGGGAAUCGCAUGAGAAGCUACAUUUCUCCAAUCACUUUAUCUCGACAGAAAGAUGGAGAUUACUUACUAGGAACUUUAAUUUUACAUUCUUCCAAGGAGGAAUUAGGUCGGUGUGGCAUGGCAUGGCAUAGUUCUGAAAGCACUGGGAAUACUGGGUAUAAGGGGAGCUAG